AUAUGUGAAUAAUGUGUAGCAAUAAGUUUCGGCCGUUUGAAUGGUGUUAUUGGGUUGCAAUAGUUGAGAAAUGGAGUGAGGUUUCUGUAUUGAUAGACUGUAGCAAAAUGGUUUCGCGGCCCACCACUGGCUGUGUAUCUGCGUUGUUUUGGUAUAUCCAUAUCCGCAAUGCAGGCGUGCCCAAUUCGCGGCAGCACUUAGAGCGCAACUACGGGAUAUUUCUGGACACGAGAUAAUAGCCCCUGACAAUAAUGUCGGUGCGGUGGCCCCGCUGAACUCGUUCCUCAAUCGUUUUACUGCCGGAGGCCCCCGUUUCAGCACGAUGGAGAGCAAUAGCUCGGACGACUCCACAACCACGGACUACUCGACCGAGUCCUCCGACGAUGAUGGUAUGGAAACCGCACAAAUCAACGGCAUCAAAGUACAACUGCCGCAGGGACUGUGUGAACGGUCGGACGUGUUCAAGGAGUUCUUCUCACGAGAACUAUGGAACUCGCUGUCGGAAAUGAAUAAACAACAUCUGCAGACAUUCCUGCCAAACUUUCCAGAGAAUGAUGAAUUGGAAAAAAGCAGGACAUUGCAGAGGUUGUUUGACUUUGAAACAUUCAGAUUUAACAGUCCAUUGGAGAAGUUCCAUGAGGAUCUGAAGGCUGGGUAUUUUAGGCCCGACAUUGCAAGAAUGAGGAAGAUUAUCAAUAAAGCUCAGAGGAAAGAAGCGAAAUAUAGGUACAAAUCAUAUAAAGAGAAGUUAAAGCAUGACGUAAUCGAAUCUCAAAAGAAAUUGUUGACUCAAAUAAGGAAUUUGCCGCCCGGCAUCGAGCCGAAACAGGAGAAACGAAAACUGAGUAUCGAUUAUACGCCGCACAGAACGAAACGACGUUACUUUCAAAUACUGUCGCAAAUCCGGGCGAAGGUCGACGAUCAUGGGUGUUCCUCCGACGAGAAUUAUCCCGAAGGGCCGCCACCGUCGUUAUCCAGGAAACAGAAACGGCACUUGAAUAGUAUAAAGUCGGGUCUGGGUAAAGAGAAGGUCUUCGUUUCGACGAUGUCUUUGAAAAUUGGUUCAAAUAGUGUUGCUGAUUUGGAGAGAUACAUAACGCCUACCCACAAUCCGUUUUAUUUAAACGACGAGUCUUACAAAAACCUGAUCUACUGCCACAAACGAAAAAAGUUAAAUUGUCCGGACGAUCCGGAAUUGAAUACGAAAGGUAUAACCAUUUCGGACAUUGUACAUAGAACACAGUUGCCUUACAUCAAGAGCAUACCAUCACAUCCUGUCAAGCACCAUCAUCACGACAAUAAAGUCAGCUCUCACAAGCGAAGAAUUAAGAAGGAAUCGCCUGAAAUUUUGUUCAGUAGAAGAAACCAUCACGCCUUUAUGUCGUCCGAAUCUGAUUCGGACUCUACGAUAGACGUACAAACGCCCAAACCUAAAAUCAAGACUCACAAGCCCAAACCGCCGCCAGUGACGCCCCCGAAAGUCAAAGUGGAGGUAAAGAAAGAACUUCCACCGCCCCCUGUCGUGGAACCUCCCAAACCUCCAGUCAACACAACACCUCCAAUAACUCCCAUAAGCAGCCUGUCACAGUACGGCAAAAUCACACCGGUUAAAGUCGAAGAUCUGGAAGGUAUCGACAUGAUGAACAUCCCAAUUGAUUUGGACAACUCGGACAUCGACAUCUUGUCGGAGUUCACGUGCAAGCCGGAACUGAUGCAGGACACACAUUCGAAUUUCUUCUCGCUGAUUAGAGACGUGAUUUGUUCCACAACGGAACACAGAAUGAAUAUGUACACACUUCAGGAAAGGUUGAAAGCUUGGCAGGAGAAUCCGAUCAGUCCGCUCAACGACUGGUACAAUCUCACGGACAAUUGGCUCAGCUUGUUGCCCUCCGCCAUAACUUUCUUGUGUGGGAACUCCUCGGAACAACCGGAUGACUUCGUGCCUUACAUGGAGUACAAAAUACAAGUCGAUAUGUAUCAAUGGAUCGGCGCGGGGAGGGAUUCCGAUGGAUUAUUGACCAGUUUGUGUCAGUUUUGGUUAGAGCAUAGAUCAGAGACGAAAGCGAUGUCGCCGUUUAGCAAAGAGAAGGAUGAUUUGGAUGUAGACGUCGACAGAACUGGCAGUCCCCCACCUCCUAGAUACACAACCAAUUGGACAGUGAGGAAAGCCACUUUGGACGAGAUAAAAGACUUUCAAGAACAAGAGAGAAAACGAUAUGACAAUCCGCACAAGGCCUUUACAUUUAGGUGUAACGGUUAUGAAAGCAUUGUUGGCCCCUUAAAAGGCAUCUACAACCCAUCGGUGAGCAAUACGAAAGCACGCGGUCACACGAUGCUGAACGCAGACCGUCCAAAUUUCGUAACGAUUCUCUCAUUAGUACGUGAUGCAACCGCACGUCUUCCCAAUGGCGAAGGAACCCGGGCGGAGAUAUGCGAAUUGUUGAAAUCCUCCCAGUACAUUGCUCCCAACGUGGCCGAUAAUGUUUUACAAUCUGUCGUCAGCGGAGCUUUAGAUCGGAUGCACACUCAGUUUGAUCCUUGCGUAAAAUAUGACCCGAAAAGAAAGAUUUGGAUUUAUCUGCACAGGAAUCGAUCGGAGGAAGAUUUCGAAAGGAUACAUCAACAGUUCCAAGGCGUGAAUAAGGGUAAGAAAACUGCGGCGAAGAAAAGUCCAGCCAAGCCUAAGGUAAAGGUGGAAAAACCGGCGAAACCGGUUAAAACGGAAGCUCCGACCACCGAGAGUAAACCCAAGGUUCCAAGACGACCUAGUGCUCAAGCUAAAGUCCUUGCAACCGUUACAGCAACGUCCCCCACAAUUACACCACAUAAAAAUACACAAUCGUUGUUGCUGAGUAAUAAUACAAUUAAAACAGAGCCAGGAUCGACCCCUCAACCAUUGGAUGGACAAGUUGCUAAAGCUAAAACAUUGAAACAGCUUCAAGACGAAAAGGAAAUCAAUGAGGCUUUGCAAUCAAUUGUUCAACAACCAAGAACUGCUAGCCCAACAAUGAAACCAGCUGCGAAGAACGUGGUGAAAAUUUUGUCUCCCUCACAAGGCAAAAGCUUGAUAAUACCGACGAGCAACGCUCAAAUCAUCAAGCAAAUACAAGAAGCAACCAAUUCGACGAAAAAUGUGAAUCAGCAAAUGAUCACUCAGCAAUUGUUGCAAACUUUGGCAGUCCAACAGAAGGGCAUCAUCGUACAAAAACCAAGCGAAACAGCCGAUCGUAAUCCAGAGCAAAAAAUUAAACAACAAAUCAUACAAGGUAUAUCUCCACAACAAUUGCAAAACAUACAAAACAUCAAGUUGGUACGCACGCCACAAGGUUCACAGUCGGAUGGUACGGGCAGUAUAGUCACGGUCUCGAUGCCAAAACAAGCCGGUGGAACUGGUCAAAUUUUAACCACCCCUGGCGGAAUUAAAAUCCAAGCGCAGCAUCAAAUCCUACAAACGCUAAGACACGGUAAAAUCGUACAGCAGGGUGUGAUUCAACAACCGGUGGUUUACAAGCAAAAAGGUGGGAAAGGGACGACUAUGGUGACAACACAGCAAAAAUCCACUGGAGAGGCAGCAUCGAAAUCACCAGUACCAAAUCAAGGCCCGGUGGUUGCCAAAGUACUGACAAACGCCGCAGGCCAAGUGAUCUCAGUGGAGAGUCUCCUGGCACACCAGAAACAGGGUACGACGUUGCGAGUGGCGACGCCUGGUUCGAAAGCGGGCCAUCAGAAUAUCAUUCAUUUAACUGGCGCCAGCCCCGCCACGUCUGUGUCGAAACCCAACAGCAUGGCGGCUCAAUACGCGAGUGGCACCCAAAACAAUCUGAUAGCAACGAUCGCGGCCCAACCCAAGUUGAUAGUGUCGUCGCAUUCGACUACGGUCACCACCACGUUGACAAACGUCACCAAAACGGCGCCGUCGAGAACGACGAGCGUGAAACCGGGUGCGUCUGCGCAGACGGUCACCGCCAAAUUCGCACCAAAGGUGGCACAACAAUUGCUAAACGCGAAAAUCAUCGCACAGAACGCGGACGGUGGACAGAAGAUUGUUAUGAGUCAACAAGGACACGUCAAGCUUGCCGGAACUAAAAGCCUACCCAUCGCCAAGCCUGUUACUCUCAACGUUGCAGGUAGAAACACCGGAAAUACGAUAAGAAUGGUGAAUGCAGCGAACCUAAAUCUCACACAUAUCGGAGGUAAACCAGUGUUGCUCGCAAGUAAAGGUGGCACGAUACAAAAUUUGCAAGGACAGAACGUUAUAUUGCAAACUCAAUCCGGUUCAGGAGGCGGAGCCUCCUUGGUCCUACAACAGAAUGCAGUGAAGAGUUCUGCGGCUCAACAACAAACCAGCACCUCCAACAUUAAUAUUCUUAAUCAGCAGAAUUUCGUCCUCGGGACUCAAGUUAAACCUCAAAUGGUGUUGAGCACGGGGGGUACGGUAAAGUCAGUACCGGUAAGUACCUCGUCAAAUCAACAAGGAACGACUUCGGGAGUCGCCCAGGGCCACAUAGUCUUAGGAGGACAACCAGUGAGGUUGCAGACGAGUGGAGGCGGCACGGCGGGUGGUGGCACCCAAAGAUUGGUACUGGCCAGCCAAGGACAGGGUGGGCAAUUUGUGGCGCAGCAAAUUUUGCUGCCAGCAGGAUUCCAGGGUACCGCCAUCAAUCUCAAGGCACUGCAAGGUGUGAAGGUCAUACCCAUUGCUCAAACGCAGGGUAAAGGGAUCCAGGGUAGACAAGUGUUUGCGAGGGUAAUGAAUCCCAGCUUAGUGAAAACGACACAAUCAUCGAGUAGUGCUCAGGAAAAAGUGGUGGUGACGGAAAAGUCCACGCCUACGUCUGAAUAGUAAUUGUGUAAAUAGGACUAGCUAACAAAUUGUAGUAAUAAUUGAAUUGAUCAAAUAUGAUUUCUGAUGUAAUAUUGUUUAUCAAACACCGACUGUACAUAGUGUAUCAUUAUGUUGAUUUUGGUUUUUGUGAUGUAAAUAUUUUUAAAUGUUGCUGAGUUCAGUAUUUAAAUUAUAAACUGUGUAGUAAUAAUCCACUGAAGAAUUAUUAAACUUUUUAUACAACCA